AAUUUAGUGCUGUAACCGUCCGUCACAGGUCCUUUACAGACCUCAAACGAGAACACGCUCUUUUCUCAUUGGCCACACAAGCUUAUACCAAUGCCUUCAUGAUUCAAUGGCACAAAAUAAAGAAGGAGAAACAACCCCAUAUAAGGGAUCAAAAGACACAAUACAGAGAGCAGGACUACAAACCGAACAUGUGGCACUCCGUUUGUACCACAUGGGACUCUUCAUCUGGACUGGUGCAGCUGUGGUUUGAUGGACGACCUUCUAUUAGGAAAUAUAUCACGUCUGAGGCAAUCAGAGGAUCCCCCAUGAUUAUCAUAGGACAGGAGCAGGACAGCCAUGGUGGGGGGUUUGACCUGAAGCAGUGUUUCGUUGGCAUGAUGUCUGAUGUCCACAUGUGGGACUACACCCUCUCCCCAUGUGAGAUGCAGAAGUAUGUGGAUGAUCUAAACUUCACUCCAGGGAAUCUUCUCAACUGGAGUGCGAUGGAGUUUCAGAUUAUAGACAAAGUUCUGAUAGAAGAUAAACUAAUGACCUGUCACUAAAAUGUAAACAACACCAUCUAUAUACAGUAUUAGAAAG